UGGGUAGAAGUACUAUGUUUCAGUAUUCAAUGCUAUAUAUAUUUCCAGCUUCAGUUUUUAAGUAUAACUAUAAUUUGCAGAGAUCUCUAUUUAUCCCAAAUUUAAUUUUAAGAUAAACAUUGCAAAUUUGCAACCUUUGCCCAUAAAAAGUUCAAGAAAUUCUAAAGUGACAGAAUUAUCGAUACUACAGAUAUCGAGUCGCCAGUCAAUUUCAAUAGAAUUGUUUUUGUGUGUUUCGGACAUUGUCGAUCAUAUUUGCCAUUGCUUUUAAAAAAGCGCGAGAAUGGAAGAAUGUCCUUCGAUAAAUCCCAUUCAUAAGGAAAGACUUAUUGCGAUGGAGAAACUUUACAAACGGAUGAGACGAUUUCUUACAGAAUUAGACUGGCUAAAAGAAGAAAUAAAAAAACAAAAAAAAUGGCAAUUGCUCCAAAAACAAAGAAAGAUUACAAUUCUGUCAAGGCCGAGGAAAAAAUAUAAGAAACGUGAGAAGAAGAAUUCUAAAAAGAAGAUAAAACACGAAUCUUUGAUAGAGGAGAUAAAGAAAAAACGCGAGGAGCAACUUCGUAAAAGCAAACAGUUACAGAAGGAUAUCAACGAUUAUAUCGAUGGAGUUAAAACGCCCGAAAGUUUACGCCGAGUCGUAGAUAGCUGCUCUACCAAGAAACUUUGCCCAUCUUUUGAAUUAACAGGUGUUUGCCGGCAUAAAAACAAGUGCUCUAAAAACCAUCGUGAAAUCUUUCUGAGCAAUGUGAUCUUGAUAACAGGAUUGUAUUUCAACUUUUCGGUCGAGAAAAAUCCGAUGGAAAGCAACACUAAUGUGGCACUCGAAUUCAAGAAUUCAGGAACGUGGCAUUACUUUUGCAAAUUCUAUGAUAACAUAAUAACUAAACUCAAGUUAUUCGGCGAGAUUAAGACUCUUAAGUGUUACUGGAGGAAUAAGAAACAUUGGCGCGCAAAUUUGUACGUUCAGUAUGAUACAAAAAGAGCGGCGGCUAAAGCUUGGAAAAAUCUAAAGGGACGUUGCUACAAUGGCAAGCCGCUCGUUUGUAAGUUCAUCAAUGUGAAAUCCUUGAGAUCUGUUGUCUGCAGUCUAACCAAUUGUCCGAAGAGCAAUGAAAAAUGCAAUUACCUUCACAUCUCUAAAAUUCCGCACAAUAAGUACAUCCAAAAUUUUUAACAGGAAAAAAGCAAUUUGAUUGCCGACAAGCUAAACAAACUAGUAAAUCAAAACAGAAAGAAUCCGAUCAAGACGAUAAUAAAACAAAAUCGCAAAUGGAGGUGAUCAUCCAAAUCAUUUAUGAUUGAAUUGGAUUGCAAGACAAGUUUGAAGACAAAAUAUUCUCAUUCUACGAAAAAGAAACAAUCGCAAUAAUUCCCCGCACAAUAUAACAAAUGACAUAAAAAAUCACAAGUAUAGAAAGUUUUAAUUAAAAUGUCAUAAAUGGAAUGUUAUUAAUUGAAUCGUAAGAGACCCCGUAACAAUUCAAACAUCAAAAUUAAAAAAAUAAAUCUAAGGAGAGCCCUUUUACAAAAAUUUCAAAACAAAGAUAAGAAGCAGUCAUAAAAGUUAUUAGAAGAAAGCAUUCGCGCGCGCGAGAAUCAGAAACAUCAGAAGAGAUACAUGUAGAUCCGACAGGCAAAAAUAUAAAUACAUACCCGAAAAAACAUUCAAAGCUUAUGCAUUCUGUAAUGACGAGUCAAGUGUUUGUAAUCCCAAAGGUGAUUCUACCCGACCGAUUCAGUUUUGUCUACAAGAAUGUCCAAUAUAGAUGAAAUAAUGUAGAUUAGAUAUUUUUAUUUAAAAUACACGUAAAUAAUGCAUUUAAUCAUUCCUAUUAUCGCGCGAUAAAGACACAUCCGUGUUGGCAAUCACAUGUUUAAAUCUUAAAACAA